CAUGUGAAGACCACCAGUGAUGGCUAGUGCACUCAGCUGUAGGAUGUGGACCCCCCCGCUGUGUCCUGCCACAGCUGGGACAUGAUGGCAUGCCGAGGCGCAGGCUGCUCGGGCUUUGCCCCCGUGAGCCAAGACACGGCGAGGUUCGCCAUGCUGGCACUGCUCAUCCUGCUGUACCUUCUCUGCGGGGCCGCCGUCUUCUCCGCCCUGGAGCAGCCCAAAGAGAAGCAGGCCAAGGCCCGGUGGAUGCAGAGGUUCGAGCACUUCAGUCAGAAGCACAAUCUGAGUCGGAGCGACCUGGAGAGCUUCCUCAGGCACUACGAGGAGGCCAGCAUGGCUGGGGUGCGGGUGGACGGACUCAAAGCUCGAUGGGACUUCCCAGGAGCGCUGUACUUUGUGGGUACUGUGGUGUCCACUAUUGGCUUUGGAAUGACCACACCUGCCACAGUCGGCGGCAAAAUCUUCCUGAUCUUUUACGGGCUAAUUGGCUGCGCAGCCACUAUCUUGUUUUUCAACUUGUUCCUGGAGAGAAUCAUAACUGUGCUGGCCUUUGUGCUCAAGUCCUGCCAUGAGGUCCAGCAUCGACGGAAAGGAGUGUUACCUCACGACGGCGGGCAAGGCCCAGGAGACAUGAGGCAGCGUGGAGAGGACGGUCUAGCAGGGUGGAAGCCGUCAGUCUACUGCGUGAUGCUGAUCCUCUGUGUGGCGGCCGUAAUCAUAUCCUGCUGUGCCUCGGCCAUGUACUCCUCUAUGGAGGGAUGGGGAUACUUGGACUCUCUGUACUUCUGCUUCGUAGCAUUUAGCACCAUUGGCUUUGGGGACAUGGUCAGCGGUCAGCGGACCACCUACCACAGCCAGACCCUCUACAGCCUGGGGAAUUUCUUUUUCAUCUUGUUGGGGGCUUGCUGCAUUUACUCGCUCUUCAACGUCAUCUCCAUCGUCAUCAAGCAGGUUCUCAACUGGCUUCUGAAGAAGCUGGAGAUACCGUGCCGCCACUGUCCAAGAAGGUCCCUGCGGCCGGGUCGAAACGCGGUGGUGCCCGGACACUUCCGCACGCGGGUCCGCAACAUCUCCAUAGAUACGGAUGCUGUGAACGAGAGCGAAACGGAUGGCCGCAGGUUGUCCGGGGAGAUGAUCUCCAUGAGAGACUUCUUGGCUGCCAAUAAGGUCAACUUGGCCAUCAUGCAGAAGCAGCUGUCCGAGACAGCCAAUGGCUAUCCACGGCCAUCUGGCUCUGCUAACCGGCACAAUGAAUUCUCUGGUGGAGUCGGGGCUCUGGGCAUCAUGAACAACAGGCUGGCUGAGACCAGCGUGGACAGAUAAGUCAGACCAAAUGAAAAACGACUGCACAAGAAAACUGAGGCCAUAUUGUGCUGUUCUUACUACAGAUAAAACUGUUUUAGGGCAGUUAGUGAUUUGUCUGCCUUCCAUUCGUGGAUCUG